UUCACUCUUAACAUUUCGUGAUGAAAAAAUUCUACGGCUCAGAAAUAUUUUCUAAAAGUUUUUCUAUAAAUAAAUCCCCAAACUAGAUAUAAUUAUUAAUAAAUCACAACCAACAACAAUCCAAACUCAACAAAAAUAACAAUCCAAUAGAAUGCAGUCCAAAACUAAAAAGUCUAAUAACAUUUAAUUUACACUACGAUCAAAGUUCUAAAAAUAUAUAAAGAAGAAGAAAAAGAAAACAGAAAAAAGAAAACUCGUAGAUUUGGUCAUAAUUCUCGAGGGGCGCAUAUACUUUCCUAAGAAAUUGAGAAGGAAAUCGCUGCCUUAGGACGGACUGACGACGGACGACGGCAAGAAGUGGAUUUAAAACUCAUCAGCCUCAAGGAUGCCAUCGCUUCAGGAAUUGGACAUCUUUGAGCUUAAGCCAUUGAUUACGAAUUUGAAUUGUAAGUUGUCGAAGGUGUCCGACUAUGACUCACAGAAACAACUGCUCUGCCUGGUCUCCGAGGAGAACGAGAUUGUGCUGCGGUACAUUGGCAAUGGGGAGCAGGAGGUCUUGAAACUGAUUUCGUGGUUCAGACGGAUGUCCAGAGUUAUACAUGAUGUCAGCUUCGAUCCAAGUGGAACUUGGCUCUUAGUUUUGUGUUUUGACAACACUUUACACAUUAUACCAGCUCUAGCAGUUGUUGGUGGGAAAAUACCACAAGUUACAUAUCAAACGUUUAGCACAACGCAGGUCACUUCGUACAUAAUACCGUUUGUAGGCCCCCACGAAUGUCCAAAUUCUAAGGCUUGUCCAAAUCACGAAGCGGAACUUAAUGCUAAACUUCCAUCAAUUUCACCGCCCAUUCUAACACCAGAACCUCCAGAAGGUGGUGAAGACCCAGCGAAAUCGAUUAUUGGCAUGAACGAAGAUGAAACAACAAAUCAAGUCGAACAAAACUUGGAUACUUUCAGUCAUGACAUACCAUUAAAUAUGCAAGCAUCUACGACAUCUGGUGCUGCAGCUGUAGUUGCAUCUGCUUGUUUACCCAAUGUGCCCACUGAAGAUGCAACCGGAAACAGUCAAGUGAUGUGUACGUCGUUUAUGUGUUCGGCGACGUGUCCAUAUCCGCUGUCAGUGGUUUGGUGGCAAACCGUAAAUUUGGGUCAUCGAGCAAUAAUCGGCUAUUCGGAUGGUUCGAUUUGUUUUGUUGGCCUGAGUCCGAAUUGUCCGUUUGUUGCUAGUACUGCAAUCGAGAGUGGAUCUGUUGUUAAGAUGCUAAUUUGCAAGGACAACAAUGUAGAAAGUGUAACUUUGCUUAUCACAUCAUCUCUUAAACAGCAAUAUAAACUCCUUUUGGAACAAAGUGACAUUCAGUAUGUGUAUCCGGGAGACAUAUCUCCUGUUUCGUCGAACUGGCAAAUAAUAACGCCCAUCAAAAACAAUAGUAAUUGCUCGGAUCCUGCUUCGGAUAAUAACAGCCAACAAGAAGAGGAAGUUUUUACAGAGACCAAGGAAGCACCUACAGUAUCAAAUGCAACAGCAACAUCGUCAUCCACAACAACAGCAACAUCAACAGUAGCAACAACAACAGCAACAACAACAACAACAGUGAUACCAGCUGCAUCUGCAACAAAUCCAACAGCAAUAAAUAGGAAUACCCAAGAUUUAGACGAAGCAAAUAACCGGAAUGGUAUUCUUCCGGCUGCUCGAGCUCGGCUAGCAUCUCUCAAGUGCCUUGGAUCUCAAAAACUAAACGCUAUUAAAAUGAGAUUAUCAGAUCGAAGGCAGAAACUAGAAGAAUUUUUUAAAUUAGCUUUUGUUUUAUUAGCACGAAUACGAAUCAAGCGUGGUGCAUACGAGACCUCAAUAGCCGGAUUCAUAGUUAUGGACCAACCAACACUAACCCCAGAAGUUCUAUCGAUGUCCGCCGGUUCCUUCUAUACGCUACAAAACCUGCGACAUACCUACUUACUCAGUGCCUUGCACACUCAAACCAAUACUCUUUCCGUACACAGCAUGGAUAUAAGUUUGAAACCAGUGUUUUUAUAUAAAAUUCCCACCAACUGUCAUGAAAUUCUAAUAAGUUCGAACAUUUUGUACUCAAUUCAAUAUGUGGAAAAGGAAAGCAGUGUCGCCGACGAUAGUCCCUCAAAAGACCUGUCGUUCGAAGAGAUUGCCGAAACAAAAGACAAUAAGGAUGAACAAAGCAAUGAAGAUGUUGGCAAGAGCUCAAGCAAUGACAUGGUUAAUGCUGUUGGCGUUAUAAGCAGCGCAAUGGCAUCAGUUCCAAAUGGUGAUAGAGAUAAAUUCAAUGACAUUUCGCUUUUGGGCUUAUUUAAAUUCGAAAACGAAACGGUUUUGAAUAUGUAUCAAAUCACUACCUACGCUAACAACGAGGCUACAACUGAACCAACAGUCAACAAAGACGACAAACCAGAACUUAUAGACCGGAAGCAAAUUCGCUCGCCCAUAGAGUACGUGCACUUUUUUAAGAACGUCGACAGUCAGGACAGUUAUUCUUUGCGUGAAAUGGAAAUCAUGAAGAACGAAUUCCCCAAAAUCUGCUACGAUCCAUGCUAUGUGGUGACAACCAAAAAUGUCUACUACAUCCAACUGAAGAAGGAACCCUUUGAAAUAUUUCUGGACGCUGCUGUGGCCAGCAAAUGGGAUCAAUGUCAUGAGUUCUGCAAGACCUUCGAUUUGUCAUUCGAAGCAUGCAUAGAAUUUGCCGGCGACUAUUUGUUGCGGAAGAAGAAGGUAGCACAAGCAUUGCUCACGUACAAUGCCGCACGCAUCAAACCAAUUAGGACGGCCCUGAAACUUGCCAUGUUCGGACAGACCUAUGCUCUCAUGCAUCUAUGUGCGAUGGCUCUCAAGUCUAUAUACAUACUUCGUAGUCAAUAUUUUUGCAGUGCAAUUAUUAAGAAUAUUAUGGAAGAUGUGGCGUUUCGGCAUUCAGAAGACGUCCAUCCGAUCCUACCAAAAAAGCCGUCCAAAGGUGUAAAUGUCAACGAAGGCGAACCGUGCAGUGAUUAUCACUAUGGGGUGGAUGAGUCUAUUAGUAAUUUGCAGAUGUCUCCGUCGGCUCAGUUUCAUCUGGCAAAUUUAUUGCUCAUAACUUUGGCUGAAAAGGCGGUAAAAGAUAAAAAUUAUAUUCCGCUUUGGAAUUUCCUGGUAACGAAUACAAAAUUCCACACCAACAUGACCAGUAUUGUUUUGUGCCAGAGCGGGCUCUAUUCAGCGGCUUUGAUAUUGGCCAAAGCCAGAGGCGCAUGUAUCGAUACGUUCUUAGCUCUCAAUAGUGUUGUCGGUCAGGAGUUCGGUAACACAAUGUUUCAUUGUGGUAAAUAUGUAAAAAUAAAUGAAUCUCACUUAGGGUGGUACUCAGAGCUAAACGUGUGCCUAUACAACUUGAGUGAGCCAAUAUUCAUGGAGUGCAUAACGUAUUUGUCACAUGUGGCAUUAGAUUAUUUUAAUUUUCUUCAAGACAAAUUGGAAAAUAUUCGAGAAUGUGUUUUAAAGCGCUUGGAAAAACAAUUGAAUCCCUUUUCAGCUGUUUUUCGGCCAAUUGUAUCGCACACAUCAUCGGCUCGCUCCAAUUAUCAGCGCAAACAGGAAUACAACGACAAUAAUUCAUCGUUAAUUUUUGACUAUUGCAAGAGUCUUAUCGAAACCUAUCUGGCUGUUCUAAUUCACAUGGAAUCUCUCAAAUCCAAACAGGACAACAUUUCCAAUGCACUUUCUUCAUUUCGAUUAACUUAUGAAGACAAUCAGUUUGCUAUUGAAUCUUCAAAAUUUAAACCACUAUCAGCGGGUUUUGCGCAUUGCGCUUGUGUUGUAGAUGGUGCUGCUUAUUUUUGGGGAUCAAACGGGGUGCCUUGUAAUUUUAGUGUCACUAAGUCUUCAGACCCACCAGAACCUCCACAUGCUGUGAAAUGUUUAGAUGUUUUGUCACAACUUAAUUUGGAAGUUCAUGCUGUUGUUUGUGGCAGACAACAUUCUCUUGUUCUUACUAACAAUGGAGUUUAUGCUUUUGGCAAUAAUAACUAUUGUCAAUUAGGCAUAGGUAAUGAUAUGCAAAUGGCAUUGCAACCUAUGUUAGUUAGAGCUUUGGAUGGCAAGAACAUAUCUGCUCUAGAAGCUGGGCAGUAUCAUAAUGCUGUUAUUGCAGAUGGAUUCUUGUACACUUGGGGAUGGGGUGUCUAUGGUCAACUGGGCCAUGGAAGUACAGAAAAUAUACCUGAGCCAAAAUUGGUGCCCUUCUUUCAAUACAAGAAAGUAAUACAAGUUUCCUUGGGUCAUGCUCACAGCUUAGUUCUCUGCAAAGGUUUAUACGGAACAACUGAGGUUUACGUAUUCGGUUCAAAUCAUUUUGGCCAACUAGGCACCGGACCGAUUGGCUCCAAGAAUGUUUCCGAUUCAAAUGCAGAAAGUCUCACAAAAUCUCUUGUGCCGUUGAAAAUUGACAUUAACGGAACCGCAAAAAUAAGACUGAUUCAUACCAAAUUCUUUUCUAAUCUUGUGGUUGAUGAAAACAAUCAACUUUACACGUGGGGUUCCUCACCUCAAGCAUUACGUUUGGCAAAUCAAAUAAAACGUCGAGCAAAUGCUAAACAAAAAAUUGAAGAAUUUCAAAGAAGAGAAAUUACAAAACGUUUCAAAGAAACCCUGACAUUCGAUGAAGAAAACGUGAAUGUGAAAUAUGUUGCGACAACCUCAGAUGUCCCCAGUAAAUCCGAUAAUUCUUCUUCAAAUAGUUCAGACGAUAAACCAAAGGCAGGUUCCAGCGAUACCAAAGAUAUCGAAAUCAAAGUAUUAAAUUCAGCAGCAGCAGAAGCGAACAGAGAUGUUGAUAUGGAUAAGGACAUUGAUGCAUCGACGAAUCAAAGUAGCGCAGCUGAAGGAAGUACUGCUGACAUGGUUGACGGGUUUCAAUCAGUUGAAAAUGAAAUGGACGUGGAGCCAAAGGUCGUAGUCGAAGAGAAGUCCUUGCCGAUUGAAGUUGAUACAUCGAAUGAGCAUAUGACACCACAUUUGGUCGAUACAACCGAAGUAGCUGGAGAUAUACAUAAUGUUUCAAGUGGUUUAUUCCAUUUUGCUAUGGUAACUUCGUCUGGAUCGAUCUACACAUGGGGAAAGAAUUUAGAACAUCAGCUUGGAACGGAAGACAAGGAACGAAAAGCUUUGAACCGACCUGCUCCGCUGGACAACAUCGAUCACCCGAUGUAUGUUGAGUGUGGGGCCGACUUUACGCUUGUCAUGUCCCGCGACUAUGUUGUAAAAGCGUUUGGCGGUAACGCUAAUGGACAGUGUGGAAGAGACUUGGGAGCUUUGUUUGACAAAGUGAAACAGCGCGUUAUUUGUUUGCCCACAACCAAACGACCAAUGCGCUACGAGAGUCAAUGCAUUGAAAUACCCACAGAAAUCAACCUGCCCCGACCAAGGAUACGCCUGGACUACGAGCCAGUGCGCUAUUUGAAAACGAUUCCCGAGUAUCAGCCGCAUUUCAUCCAAGAAGCCGGCAUAUCUCUGGAGCCUUACGAAUCAGCUAUGAAGUCACCUCUGACAACCAACCCAUGUCAGGAAUCGGACGACAUGAUCUCAAGUAUUGAAAAUCUCAGCCACAUCGAUGCAGAUUCUAUAAUUCUGUCUUGUCCAGCCUACCCGAACAAUAGCUCCAACGAUAUAUCCGCAGACGAGCAAAGCUAUUCACGUCUUCCGCCAUCCGAUGAUCUCAGCUCGGAGAGCAGUCACAACAGUCGUGAGCUCCGCAACUACAUUCACUACUGUUUGUACGUAUUCCAUGGUCUCUACAACCCGGACAAGAUUGAGAAGUUCUCUAAAAAACGCCUUGAAUAUCGCAUACGCACGCUUAUGUUGAAUUUCAAAUUUGUCGACGCUUUUACUCUCUGCUUGAGCGACUGCUCGAGCGCCUCAAAAUCACUAAAAAUCUUCGAGUACUUUACCAAAGACACCAGUUUUGUCCCCAUGCGAAGGCAGGACCUUAAAUUCUUUAUCUAUCGCCUGUUUGUGCACUUCAUCACGAAGAAAUUCGACAUCAACGAAUGCGAGGAGUUCUUCCUAUCCGAUCUCGAUUACUAUUUGCUAGAGCUCUCCUAUGUGCUCUAUUUCAACAACAACAACACCGAGCUCGAACAGAAUCUUAAUCAAAAAUUCAAAAACCUCAUCACGCAGGAUCCCAAUCACAAUGAGGAGUACAGGCUCGAUGACACAGACUCGAUCUUUGAUAGCUUGAGUGUUAAAUUCAAGACCAUUGUGUGCCAGAGCUUGUUGAAAUAUUGCGACGAGGGCUAGCAUAGGACCGUGCUGUGGCAACGUUUUUCACUUUACGAUUUUUAUAAAAUUAAAACCAUUUCAUAGGCGCGAAAUGUAAAUAUUUUUAAUAUAUGAUAUUUUUAUCUAAAAACUAAACUAAACUAAACUAAACUAAACACUAAACAAAAUAACAACAAAAAUAACAAAAGAUCAAAAGACGAAUUAAAAGUGUGUGGAUGGGGUGUGUAAGUUUUAAAUUUUGCGCCUGGAAGUAGAAACAA